CUGUAUCCUGCCCUCUGCUGUGUGUUUCCUAAUAAGGAAAUGGUGUUGGGGAGGAAGUAGUGUCUGGUGUAACAAGAAAUUACUUCCCCCCCAUUACUCACGCUGUGUGUUGGAGCUGCUGGUGAAUAGAAGGGAGGAGUAGCGCCGUGAUUGUGUCCGGAAUUAGACAAGAUGCAGGAUCCAAAUGCAGACACAGAGUGGAAUGAUAUUCUGCGUAAAAAAGGCAUCCUGCCUCCUAAAGAGGUACCGAAGGAGGAAGAAGUGGAGGAAGAAGGGAUUUUGACCCAGCAGUCCAUUGUGAAAACAUAUGAGGAUAUGACACUGGAAGAGCUAGAAGAGAAUGAGGAUGAGUUUAGUGAGGAAGAUGAGAGAGCCAUAGAAAUGUAUAGACAACAGAGACUGGCUCAGUGGCAAGCAACACAAAUAAAGAAUAAAUUUGGGGAAGUGAUGGAGAUUUCCGGGCAGGACUAUGUACAAGAAAUAACAAACGCAGGAAAAGAUCUUUGGGUGCUCUUGCACCUUUACAAACAAGGAAUCCCACUUUGCAGUUUAAUAAACCAGCACCUAGCAGUGCUUGCAAGAAAGUUUAAAGAUGUGAAGUUUGUGAAAGCCAUUUCAACAACAUGCAUACCAAACUAUCCUGAUAAGAACCUACCCACCAUCUUUGUUUAUCGAGGUGGUGAAAUUCGUGCUCAAUUCAUAGGACCUUUAGUGUUUGGUGGAAUGAAGCUCACACAGGAUGAAUUAGAAUGGAAACUUUCAGAAUCUGGAGCCAUCAAGACAGACCUUGAGGAAAAUCCCCGACAACAAAUUCAGGAUCAGCUCAUGACUUCUAUUAGGAGUGCCACAGUCACAAGCAAAAACAGUGACUCUGAUGAGGACUAAAUUUGGGGGUUCUAAUUUAUUUUAUUUUUUUCUAUUUUUCUUUUUGUACAUUUGUUGUAAUAUAUAACAUCAAACAUACUGGAGAUGGUUACUUGUUGGCUUUGAUUCUAAAAAUAAAAGGAUCUAAUGUGGAAACCCAAA